CUGCUGAAGGUAGAGCAUCCAUCGGUGAGGCUGAGAGUAAAUUCACUACAAAAAAACUGAGUGCCCUCCCCCACAAAAAAAAAAUAUUAGCUAAAAAUUGCCAUUGUUUUUCUCAUUUGAUCCUGCUUCUUUCAAAAAGAAAAAUCGGUUUCCGGGUUUAUUUAUGUUUGAAUGGUUUUAAUUAUUCAUACGAAAAUUCAAGCUUAUGAAACUGUGUUUUUUUAUCUGCACGUUUAAUUGAAAGAUUUUUCUUCUAAAUUUUCUUUUUCAUUUUUCGUAGAUUUAGUGGAGGGUUAUUUUUUGUUCCCUCCUAUUGGAUCUAAACAAGGUUGCUUAUUUCAAACCUUUUCGAUCCAUUUUUAUUUUCUUGAAUCUUCUUGAAAAAAACCUGUUCUUUACUUUUGAUAAGAACCAGGUGUAUAUUUUCGGAUUCAAUUUUAUCUCUCUUUUAAAAAAAUUUAAAACAUAAUGGAAGCUGCUAUGAAUAUGUACAAUAGCAUAACGUUUCAACAGCCAGAUUCGUUUGGUGGUGGUGAACUCAUGGAAGCGCUUGUACCUUAUAUAAGUAGCGUUUCCAAUUGUUCUCCUUAUCUCGCGUCUGCGUUUAUUCAACCCGCAGCGUCUGCGUUUCCUCCUUCUCUACCUACCUGCCCCGCUUACUACCCGGAAGACUAUUCAACGUUCAUGACCCAACCGUUUACUUACGGGUCGGAUCUUCACCAAACCGGGUCAUUAACCGGGCUAAACCACCUCUCUUCCAGCCAAACUCAUCCUCUUCCUCCCAUGCACCAUCAGAGCCACAACAACACCUUCUCGAACCUUCUCAGCCCUAAGCCGUUACUGAUGAAGCAGACCGGUGCCACCGGAUCUUGUUUCGCCUACGGUGCUCCGGCCAAGCCGACGAAGCUGUACAGAGGCGUGAGGCAGCGUCACUGGGGGAAAUGGGUGGCGGAGAUCCGUUUGCCGAGGAACCGUACCCGUCUCUGGCUUGGGACGUUCGACACCGCGGAGGAAGCUGCGUUGGCCUACGACAAGGCGGCGUAUAAGCUGCGCGGCGAUUUCGCCCGGCUUAACUUCCCUAACCUGCGUCACAACGGGUCCCACAUCGGAGGCGAGUUCGGCGAGUACAAACCGCUUCACUCCACCGUCGACGCCAAGCUCGAAGCUAUUUGUCAGAGCAUGGCGGAGGCGGAGAAACAGGGCAAAACUACGACGAAAGCAUCGAAGAAACGUGCCUCGAAGACGGUUUCAUCGCCGGAGAAAGUCAAGGCGGAGGAUAACUCGAACUCGGUCGGUGGAUCUCCGCCGGUGACGGAGUUCGUUGAGUCCGCCGGUUCUUCGCCGUUGUCGGAAUUAACGUUCGCCGACACGGAGGAGCUGCCGCAGUGGAACGAGACGUUCUCGUUGGAGAAGUAUCCGUCGUACGAGAUAGAUUGGGAUUCGAUCCUGUCUUGAUCAGUUCGUGUAAUAGUUUGGUCCGGUAAGAAUAGGGGUAAAAUAGGAAUUUUAGGAGCCGCCUGUAAUGGAGUUUUUGGAAAUUACAUGGAGAGGCUCAUAGAGUGAUUAUGUUUAUGAUUAGUGGGGUAUGUUAAUAUUGUGUUUGUAUUAGUCCUCUGUGUCGGUCCAGCUGCGGUUUUUUGUCAUGCUUCGACCAUGCCACAGAUUUCAUUUUAUGUAAUUUUCUUUUCUCGUCUAUGUAAUCUCUAGCUUUUUCUAUAUCUUAAUGCGAUGUUUUUAGUUUAAUUUUCUAGUAAAAUGAAAUCAUGCACAUUACCUUA